AGAGGGGGGGAUGAGAACAAGAGAGAGGGUGCAAAAUAGUUUGGGAUACAGUGGAACCCUCCGAACAAGGGACACUAUGGGACCAACGAUUUUGUCCCUUGUAGAGAGGUCGUCCCCAUCUCAGAGGUCAAAUAAUACACUAAAGUAUUAGCAUGGGGUUGAAACAAGCGUCCCUUGUAGAGAGGUCGUCCCUAUCUCGGAGGUCA